GAACGAGAACUAAUUGUCAUUCUAUGUUCUAUGUUUCGUUUCUUCCUUUUUCUUUCUAUUUUUCGAGAAAAGGUCCCAUCCUUCAAUAUCAUGAUUGGGUCGACCAGGCCAGAUCAUGAGUGAAUAGAAAAUCGAAAACGUACAUAGCUGUUCAAGCGGAAAUACUUGGAAUAAUUCUACCACUUCUACUAGGAGUAGCCUUUUUAGUGCUAGCUGAACGUAAAGUAAUGGCUUUUGUGCAACGUCGAAAGGGUCCUGAUGUAGUGGGAUCGUUCGGAUUGUUACAACCUCUAGCAGAUGGUUCGAAAUUGAUUCUAAAAGAACCUAUUUCACCAAGUAGUGCUAAUUUCUCCCUUUUUCGAAUGGCUCCAGUGGCUACAUUUAUGUUAAGUCUGGUCGCUUGGGCCGUUGUACCUUUUGAUUAUGGUAUGGUAUUGUCAGAUCUGAACAUAGGGCUACUUUAUUUGUUUGCCAUAUCUUCGCUAGGUGUUUAUGGAAUUAUUACAGCAGGUCGGUCUAGUAAUUAGGGGGCGGCCGUUCGGUCGCCUAUGAUACUAGGACCAAUAGGUCCAAAAUGGGUUUGUGCCGGAGGUGUUGAACGAUCUACUCUACACAGGUGUGGGCUUACAGGGCUAGGGCUCAACAACCCUUUCUUUCAUUUAUCAAAAGGGCCCUGGUCGGUCACUUUUCCGGGCCGGGAUGAAGUUUUGGAAGUUCUAAAAAAGAGAUCUUUCUCUGAGCACCUCAGAUGAGGAAGGGUAGCCUGUCAAGCUGGCCUAACUAACUAUUUAGAAUAUCUAUCUAGAUAGAUAUAGAUAUCUUUUGAAUAUAUAUAUAAGAUUCGCUGUCUUUUAACCGGCUGUUCUUCUUUGUCAACGCUACUAAGGACUUAUAGGUUCGCCUACUUGACUUAUGAAAGAUAAUGAGAAUGGGUUCUUCAAAAAGGAAAAGAAAAGGCCCUACUUUCGCAAGCCUUUGUCAUUGUCAGUCAACUAAGUAGGGCCUGAGGCCCCCUGCGAAUCCGUAAAUCUGAAGAGCAUGCCGCAACAAAAGGAUGGUCCCCUAUGCAUUUCAUUCUUUCCGGAAGGGAAAAAAAAGUACCCCCCCAUCAUGGUGAACCUCUCCUUGUGAUCGGGAUCAGGUAGAUGCCUCCCAGCCGGGGGGAAGAUCGAAUCGGAGUUUCCUUAGGUAGCCACCGACCUACAGUUAUCCUUAAACUUCCGUGCUUGGUGGAGAAGAAGCGAACAAAGGUACGCUCGCUUGCUGUCUUGUUCUCUGCCGCGAACUGGGAUCGCUCGCCAGCUAGGUCAGAUUGGAGCAACAUUUUUUGAGAACAGAUUACCCAUCUUCGGGGACAAGGGGCGGAACGACCUCUCGAUCUACUUACUGCAGCCCAGGAAGAAAAACGUCGUCUAGGACUUCCCUCUUGCUCCGAUCCCCCCUACGCCUAGGACGUUGUCUGGGCCAAGAGCCAUAGUUAGUUGCUGUUUCCAUUUGGUUGUUUUUUUUUUUUAUCGUUGUUGAUACCGGCAAGACCCAGCCAGAUGAUGUCUGCUGGUUGGUAGUGAGAGGACUAAUAGUACCUGCAUACCCAAAAGGGGGCGCUGAUUAAAAAACAAUCAUUUUAUUUUUUUUCUUGCUCUCCCUUAGCAGCGGGAAAGGAGUCUAUCUAUCUGCCUAGCUUUGGUAGAUUUCCCCCAACGCAAUCCACAGAAAUUCCACGAAUCCCUUGGUGGAUAAGUCCGACGACUCAGCAGCAGUGCGGAAUUGACUUUCUCGUCCGGUGGAUCUGAUCUAUAGUUAGGGGGCAAUACAUACCAAAAGGUUCGAAGAAGGAAGGCGCAUAAGA